GGGAGAGCGGGAGCGGAGGGUCCUCCCGCGGGAGGGGCGCGGGGCGUGGAGGGCGUGGGCCGGGGGCGGGGCGAGCCCGGGAGACUGGGUGCUCCGGGGGAGCUGUCAGUGUCAGGCUCGGGCAGGGAGAGGAAGUGAUCGCGCCCGGAGGAGCGCGAGCCGAGCGGCCGGCGCAGCGUGAGACAGCACAUCCUGCGCGCGCCGCCCGGGCCCGCCGCCCCCGGGAGCCGCUGGAGCGCCGCCGCCGCCGCCACCCGGGAGCAGCCGCCGCGCUCGCGGAGCCCAGGUCCGCCGCCGCCGCCGCCGCCGCCGCCGGGCGCGUCCAGGCAACCAACAUGUCUGACAAAAGUGACUUAAAAGCUGAGCUAGAGCGCAAAAAGCAGCGCUUAGCACAGAUCAGAGAAGAGAAGAAACGGAAGGAAGAGGAGAGGAAAAGGAAAGAGGCUGAUAUGCAACAGAAGAAAGAACCUGUUCAGGAUGACUCUGACCUGGAUCGCAAACGCCGAGAGACAGAAGCUCUGCUGCAAAGCAUUGGUAUAUCGCCGGAGCCCCCACUAGUCCCAACCCCUAUGUCUCCCUCCUCGAAAUCAGUGAGCACUCCCAGUGAAGCUGGAAGCCAAGACUCAGGCGACCUGGGACCAUUAACAAGGACCCUGCAGUGGGACACAGACCCCUCAGUGCUCCAGCUGCAGUCAGACUCAGAACUUGGACGAAGACUGCAUAAGCUGGGCGUGUCGAAGGUGACCCAGGUGGAUUUCCUGCCCAGGGAAGUGGUGUCCUACUCCAAGGAGACCCAGACUCCUCUGGCUACACAUCAGUCUGAAGAGGAUGAGGAAGAUGAGGAAAUGGUGGAACCUAAAGUUGGCAACGAUUCAGAACUGGAAAAUCAAGACAAAAAACAGGAGGUGAAGGAAGCCCCUCCAAGGGAACUGACAGAGGAAGAAAAACAGCAGAUCCUUCAUUCAGAGGAAUUUCUCAUCUUUUUUGAUCGGACAAUACGGGUAAUUGAGAGAGCACUAGCAGAAGACUCCGACAUCUUCUUUGACUAUAGCGGUCGAGAGUUAGAGGAAAAAGAUGGGGAUGUCCAGGCUGGAGCCAACCUUUCUUUCAAUCGUCAAUUCUAUGAUGAGCAUUGGUCCAAGCAUCGAGUAGUCACUUGUAUGGACUGGUCUCUCCAGUACCCUGAGCUGAUGGUCGCUUCCUACAACAACAAUGAAGAUGCUCCCCAUGAACCAGAUGGAGUGGCCUUGGUUUGGAACAUGAAGUUUAAGAAAACCACACCAGAAUACGUCUUCCACUGUCAGGAUGUGUUGAGUUUACACGAUGAACUCUUCUCUCUUCGGGAAGAAGCAAGCCUUCUCCACCCAUUUCACAGCGCCUUUCUCUCGCCCUUUUCUUCACAGUCCUCUGUGAUGUCAGUCUGCUUCGCUCGUUUCCAUCCCAACUUGGUGGUGGGUGGGACUUACUCGGGCCAGAUUGUCCUGUGGGAUAAUCGCAGUCACCGAAGGACGCCAGUGCAGCGGACCCCCUUGUCAGCUGCUGCACACACACAUCCCGUGUACUGUGUAAAUGUUGUUGGGACCCAGAAUGCUCAUAACCUUAUCACUGUCUCUACUGAUGGUAAAAUGUGCUCCUGGAGCCUGGACAUGCUCUCAACUCCACAGGAGAGCAUGGAGCUGGUGUACAAUAAGUCCAAGCCUGUGGCUGUUACCGGAAUGGCUUUCCCGACGGGAGACGUCAAUAACUUCGUGGUUGGCAGUGAGGAGGGCACAGUCUACACAGCCUGUCGUCAUGGAAGCAAAGCAGGUAUCGGUGAGGUCUUCGAAGGUCACCAAGGGCCAGUGACAGGAAUUAACUGCCACAUGGCAGUGGGCGCAAUCGAUUUUUCACACCUGUUUGUCACGUCGUCGUUUGACUGGACCGUCAAACUGUGGACCACAAAGCACAACAAGCCGCUCUACUCCUUUGAAGACAAUGCAGACUAUGUGUACGAUGUCAUGUGGUCCCCCGUGCAUCCCGCGCUCUUUGCCUGCGUGGACGGGAUGGGGCGCUUGGACCUCUGGAACCUCAACAAUGACACCGAGGUUCCAACAGCAAGUGUGGCCAUUGAGGGGGCGUCCGCCCUAAACCGUGUUCGUUGGGCUCAAGCUGGCAAAGAAGUUGCUGUUGGGGACUCAGAAGGCCGUAUUUGGAUCUAUGAUGUUGGAGAGCUUGCAGUUCCCCACAAUGAUGAAUGGACCCGAUUUGCCAGGACCCUCGUGGAGAUUCGUGCUAACAGAGCUGAUAGCGAGGAGGAAGGCACCGUUGAGUUAUCUGCCUAGUAAAAAUGAGCUACCCCCACCCCCACCUUCACCUUCUAGAGCUCAGCGUCUGCAGUCGUCAAUCCGCUUGUAUUUGUGUGCAUUCAGCAUCAGUAUUGCCGUGACAUUUUGGGUGCCAUAUUGUGCCAGCUUUGCUCCAAGUAUUCAAGUGUAUCCCACCCUACUCUCCAGUGACUUGAAAUUCACCAGAGCAUUUGUAUCUUUAUAUUUCGGUCUCAAAAAUGAGGGGGGGAGCCUUUACGGGUUUAGUUGUUGCCUUUUAACUACUUAGAAGCUGUAUUUAAUAGCUGGAAACCUCUGGUUAAAUUUGUGCUUACAUGCACUUCUGGCAUAGUCCUAUUAAAUCCAUAUGAAGCCAGAUAUGAUUAGGUGCAGAUGUGGUGUGCUUCAUGAUAUGGUACAGGGCCAAAGACUUGAGAUGUGGUGUUUUACAUGGUGACUCACAUUAUGAAUGGAUUUACUAGAAGAACAUUGCUGCUCCUUAUUUAUUGUGGUGUGCUGCAUGGAACAUAUUUAUUUGAAAGCAUUAAAAUAAACGAUCCUAGAGCAUGUGCGUAACGAGAGGACCGUAUUGUCUCUCUGCUGCUGUUGAGGUUACAUUAAGUUCCAAAUAACAAUUACAGUAUGCCGGUUCCGCUGAGGACAUGAAAUCUUUAGAGGUUUGUUGCAGUGAAUGGAAUGAACUUUAAUGCCUAUUAUUUCUAGGUACUUUAACAAUAUUUCAAAUAUAGUUGACCAUUGAUACUUGUCAUUCAAGCUAACACAGUCUGACAAAAGUCUGUGGUUCCUAAAUAUGAUACCAGUAUUGCCAAUAAAAUGUUCCAAACCA